CUUUGACCACAACAACGGAAGAAGACAAAGAAGACAUAUCUGAAGGACAACAAGAGGAGGCAAAGAGAAGAAGAACCACACAGAACCAUGUCCGACACGGGGUCUGAUGACCUUGAAAAUGAACGCAAUAAACUUGGGGAGUACGAAGGGGACAGAAAUGCAGAAGGAGAGAGACACGGAGUCGGCAGAGCUGUCCUGCCCAACGGGGACAUCUACCAGGGACAUUAUGAGAAUGGAAUGAGACAUGGAUCGGGGACAUAUUACUUUAAGAAUGGGGCCAGAUAUGUGGGAGACUAUUAUCAGAACAUGAAACAUGGACAAGGAUUGUUCUACUAUCCAGAUGGAUCCAAAUAUGAAGGAUCCUGGGAUAAGGAUGUGAGAAAGGGUCACGGUGUCUACACGUACCCCAACGGAGACAUGUAUGAUGGAGAGUGGCUGCAUCACUUGAGACACGGUCAGGGCUUGUACCACUUCCAUGAAACUGGCUCCAAGUACAAGGGCUCAUGGGUGAACGGCAACAUGGAGUCAGGCGGCGAGUACAUCCACUGUAACCACAGAUACAAGGGAAUAUUUGCCAACAAUAAGCCCCUUGGACCCGGGAAGUACGUGUUUGACAACGGAUGUGAGCAGGGGGGUGAAUUCCAGCAAACAGAGCCGGAUGAAUCUGACGGCGACGCUGGAGUCCUCAAGUGGAUUCCCAACUGUAUGAAGUGAAUCUCACAGAGAUACUUCAGGUGGAGCCAGCUGUGGAAGAGUCCACUUAUCUGAUCGACCAAUUACUUUUUACAUCUGGCCUUUGUUUUAAGACUAAAAUAAAGAUACACAAUAUCUUUUGUAGGUUUUUGACAUGAGCAGUGCUCAGUAGUACUCGGUACUUUACCAAAAACAAGGACAUUUGGUGUUAAGACGCUUAUAGAACAGAACAGAAUAGAUGCUGUGGAAGUGUAGGAAAGCCUAGCAGUGCCCUCUAAUGGACAGAAUAGGUAAGACAGCCAGAGUACCGACUGGUGACUCUGCUGCUUUCUGUCCAGAUGAUGUUGUUUCACAUAACUGUGAGACAGGAGGGACGUGCAGUCCUGUUUGUUUUGCUGCAUAUGGAGCAAAUUGUAGUUUAGCUGUUGUUCAUGUAUAAACCUACUUUUAAUUUGAAUAAAAACUUUGAAGAAUAUCCAAAUUCUGAAGCCUGACUCUCUGACCUGAGUCAUGAGGUAAGUUUUUAUUUAAAUGUAUCAGAAAUGUUAACCAUAAUUGGCAAAAGAAAGUCAAUUAGUCAAUCAAACUUCACAUCUAUGUCACCUUUUGUACUGAUGUUAGUUCACUGGGAAAAGCAGUAGUGGCAGUGGUGCUAAACUGCAGGUCACCACUGAAGAAAGAUGGGAAUUAGGCACACGUUGAUGGAGUGAUUGCGAUUGGCAGCCGUCUUGGAAUCCAAUCCUAAGUAGCUUGGAAGUAAAUUGUCAGGAAGUACCCGUACUUUUUUAUAUAAAUUAAAAAAUUGGGUUUUUGGUACAGAUUGGGUAGCACUCUAAGGUGAUGGUCACAUGACCACGUUGCAGUAACGUCAGUGAUCCUAGAUUAGACACAUAUACAGUAUGUUAUGUGGCCAUGAGACAUGAGUGAGAAUCCAUGUAGCUUUCCCCCAUACUCAUCAAAGAAAUAAAGAUUAGAGAAAGAACUUAUAGUGAUAAGACAUGUC